ACUCGGCGGCAGAAGUGAAGAGUGUCCUGUGAUAAUCUGGAUUUCAAUUAGUGGAGACCUUUCACCGGUGAGCAGCUACGCACAAGCACAAGAGCAUAAAGAUGGAGUGGCGCCAGCAGACCAGUGUUAGCUGUGCAGACGCGUUCAACGAGGCUCAACGCUGGAUCGAGGAAGUGACUGGAAAAUUGUUUGGUUGUAAUGACUUCCGUGCUGCCUUGGAGAAUGGAGUCCUGCUUUGCGACCUGAUAAACCAGUUGAAACCUGGCAUCAUUAAGAGAGUAAACAGGCUUUCUACUCCCAUCGCUGGCCUGGAUAAUGUGAAUGUGUUCCUGAAAGCCUGUGGUAAACUGGGACUGAAUGAGUCACAGCUGUUUCAUCCAGGAGACUUGCAGGACCUGUCCACUCGUGUAACACUCAGGCGAGAUGAAAGCAACAGAAGACUCAAAAAUGUUCUGAUCACUAUCUACUGGUUGGGCCGCAAAGCUCACCUAGACACAUUCUACAGUGGUCCUCAGCUUAACUUCAAGGCCUUUGAAGGACUGUUAGGAUUGGCCUUGUCCAAGGCUCUAGAUGAGGGCAGUAAUGUGUUUGUGAAAGACAGCGGGUACAGAGACUGCUGGUACCCAGAGAGGGAGGAACAUCAGCGCAUGAGACCGAGCUAUAAGAGAGAGAACUCUGUGGACAGUGUGGACUCUCUGGACUCUCGAGCCCUCCGUCCAAACAGUGAAGGUUGUGGAAGUGACGCAGAAGCUGAGCAGGUUUUCAGGAUGGAGAACAUACUGCCCCCAGCCCAUCAAAGCAAAGGCCAUCUCCCACCACCACUUCUAAGAAGAAAACAAGCACAGCAUGAGAAUGGAAGGGACUGUGCCAGUCCUCUCGCCAGACCAUAUCAAAACCAGGUCAGGCCUGAGAGACCAGUUCAGGUCAACCCUGGCUGGAUUUGGAGCAAAUCACUCAGUGACAUCCCGAUGGUAUAUCCGGUGCGUAAAUUUGCUAACGAGAGUACCACUUAUGAUGUGGCCCAGGCCAUUAACACGGCAAGGGAGUGGAAUCAAGAAAACACACGGAAGAGCAGUGUUGCUGCCAAGGAUAGUGAAGCUCAGUGGCAGGAUGACUUGACAAAGUGGAAGAAUCGUCGCAGGAGCACCAAGUCUGACCUCCGCAGGAAGUCGCAAGACAGAGAGCAUGUCAUUAGCCAGAUGACCAACGGGGCUGUUACUAACUUUGAGAAGAAUGAUGCACAAGGCAACCAGCUAAAGAGAGACCAGCAGUCACCACGCAAGCAUAACCCUGCCCCCCGUGUUUAUUCCACCUCUCCUCCAUCAAAAUCCUCAAGCUCUGAUCUCCGGCCACAUACUCGAGCUCUGCUGGCCCGCAGCUACGCCUCUGAGGCACCUUUCAGCCCCACGGCCACACUUAUCCCCCAAAACACAGCCCACAGUCAGGGAUCAUUGGUUGGAGCCAUGCCUGCCUCAGAUGGGAACAUCUUGGGAGAGGAGACCCACUUUGCCUCCUUGGCGUCAGAUGGAGCAGGAGUUACCACACCCUCUCUGGAUUGCCCUUUCAGCUCCCAGACCCAAGUCAAAGCCCAGGGCAGCCCAGCUCCUUUCCACCCCACAUCUGAACUGGCCCAGCCUGAAAGUAUUUUUACAAGCCAAAUCUCUACUCUGGUCACAACCAUACAGCCAAACGAGACCACAAAAUCCAAAAGCCCCAGGGAUCCUACCACAUCUAUUUUGAGCCCUGAUGCAGUUAAUCAAACAGCAGUUGAUGCUCUGGAGGGCUUGUCCCACCAGAACCAUAAGUCCCAGGAAGAGAGUCAGAAGACAUCUUGGGAGCCAGCUGUGGAGCAAGGUAGAGGCCAGCAGGCUACAGGAGCCUACAAGUACUUGGCCAGAACCGGGUCAUGGUCCGGCUCAGCCAGCCUUCCCCGUGGUUACCGGCGGUCCGAGGGCUCAUCCCGUCUUUCUUCUGCAAUCACAGCUAGGCCCUUUGGGACCAAGCAGUCGAGGAUGUCCUCGCUGCCAAGGCUGUGCAAUGUAGAUGACAGCCAGGGUCUGCUGUUGAAUAGUAAGAAAGAAGAAUGUCUCUCUCCACCCACCAAAUCUUUGCUCAAAAGACAGACUGCAACCGGCCAUCUGAGGGGUCAAUACCAGGCUUCGAUCAGACAGAAGAAAGCCAACCAGGCACAGCAGCAUGGUACAGAACAGGGGGAGGAGGGGAAAGGGGCCAGUCUCUUCAGCCAGACCUCCCUCCAGACCAAUGGCUAUCACCAUCAGCCCUACACCCAAACCCAGUUCCUACCGCAGCCUUAUUCAAAUCUGCAGUCCCACCACCACAACAAAAGCUCGACUCUGUCGUCUUCAAAGGUGGAUCACAGUGACAUGAGAGUGAGCCUUAUUCUUAAACCCAACAGUAGACCAGACUUUGGUUUCCAGACUCACUGGGACUCCACAGGGGCGAGAGUAAAAUUCAUUCAACCCGGCAGUCCAGCAGAGCUCUGCCAACUGUGCGUGGAUGAUGAGAUUGUGGCUGUUGAUGGAGUUGCAGUGGCAUACAUGAACUACGACCAGUGGAAGGACAAAAUGACAUCUGCCCUGCAAACCGGCAGCCUCACCAUGGAUAUCCGACGCUAUGGCAACAAGGAUUGGAGCACCAAUGAGGGGAGUCAUCACAACCAGCCAGGCCAGAGCAGGAUGACCCUCAAUCUUACUUCUGGAGCACCCAUUCUGAUAGGUUGUCCAGAUCACCAUGCCAACAGCACUGCCUCUGCAGAAACCACAGUCACGAAAGCGUCGAAAUUCAAUGGGCAGACAGACAAUGUUAUACAAGGUAAAGUCAUGGAUGGAGGGCUUGCUGACAGCCACAGGAAAGCCAGAAGUAAAGGAGGUUCAGAAUCUGCAAUAUCUGAUCUCCAGGUGCCAUCCCUCAGCCCCUCCUCAUCCAGCUGGUCGUGGGACCGUGAGGAGGAUCGAAGGCGUCAGGAAAAGUGGCAGGAAGAGCAGGAGCGCCUCCUACAGGAGCAAUACCAGCGGGAUCAGGAGAGGCUGGCAGAAGAGUGGCGAAGGGCACAACAAGAUGCAGUGGGGGACUUAUGCAGGAAGUCAGGGCAGAACACCUUCCAGAUGACCAAUGGCGGUGAGAGCCCUGCCAGCACCCAGCUCAAUGCAAAUGCUCUGACAAACAAAACGAGAGAACAGCAGAGCUCUGAAAGAGAUGAGCUGAAAGAAGCAGGAUCAAAACCUCGAAGUAAUGCACAAGGAGUGCAGAAUGACAAGAUUACUGAACAAGACUGGGCUGUGGAAUCUUGUGGCUUUGCUCAGCUGUCUCCCGCACACAGGGCAAAGUCCUUGUCUACUCCAGCAUUAGCUGGCCCCCAUAAACAGACAAGAGGUGAUCAGAGGAAAAGAAAAGGACAGUCUAAGGCUGAGCAGGAAAGGCAGCAGAUUUUGGAGGAGAUGAAGAAAAGGACUCAGCUUCUGACCGACAACAGCUGGAUACGUCAGCGCAGCAGCAGCUUUUACAAGGAACCAGUCUAUGUUGGGGUUCCUCUGAAGAGGUAUGAGUCUCUUGAUAACCUGGAUACUUUGCGUCAGUCUCCAGUCGCUGCCGCCACAUUCAGUUACCCUCGUCCCCAUUCAGCCGCUGCAGGUUACUGUGUUCCGAGCAGGAACUCCUCCUCCCGUUACAGCACUGGAGCAACGUUAUCGCAGAGAAAUACACCCACUGACUCCCCUCAUCAUGGCAGUGUGUGGGCUGCCACCGAAAUCUCGGAGGAACUGAGAACGGAGUCCAGGUUCGAAUUCGAAACAGGAAGCCCUACUGUGAGCUCUGCUAUUUCCAACUCAAGUACACUGGUACCUCCUCCAUGUGACAAGCAUGCCGUGCUCCAGAUUACAGAGUAAGCAGUCGAAUAAACUAUGAAAACACAGUGGAAGCAUCGUCCACGCAGCCAAACCAUGACUUCUGUGUCUUGCAAUAAUAGUUGGUAAAACUCUGUUGUUGACUAUGAUGAAAAAUCGUGAUAAUCUGCGGAUCCACAAGCAAAGAUUCUUAAUAGCUGCAUUUUAAUCAGAUAUGGUACUUAGUUUGUCUGUCCUUUUUUUCCUGCUAAUUUAUUUCCAAGAAAAGUAGAUUAAUAUAUGAAAUAAAGUAAUGAUGGGAUUUAUUAGUGUUUGAUAAAUGCUUUUGUUUUCUUGUUAGUUUUGCUCUUUUUCAUAUCCUUGUGCUGUCUUUGAUUGUUGCCCAGUAGUGCAUUAAAGAGAUCAGAUAAUUCUUACUAUGUAACCCAUGUAUGGAAGCACAUGUUGACUUGUACUGAAGCACUCUGUUCUGUUGAAAUCUCACCACGUGCACUCUGGGAUAAAUCAGUGAUACAUAUAACACAUGUAUUUCUCACAUGAAAAUGGGCCCUUUAACUGAAAUGUUUUUUUUUUUUUUUGUAAAUAAAGUGCACUGAACAUUA